AUGACAUCGUGCGGGCGGGGGUCUUAACUGACUGGGGGGGGGGUCUCAACGUUUUAAGGGUCGUCGAAGUGAAAGGAGCUUGGGAGGAAAUGAAAAACGCGCUCUGUGACAUACGUGGCUUGACGCUUUGCUCCUCUACAAGGAUGGUGGCAGCUCUGCUAUUUAUUUUGCUUUGCCUGCAGUCCGCACACAGCCAGACAUGCACACAUGGCUUCAGAUACGAUCGCAGGUCAAGACAGUGCAUAGAUGUGGACGAGUGUCGCACCCUUCCAGACCCCUGCAGGGGGGACAUGCAUUGCAUCAACCAGAACGGGGGCUACUUGUGCCUGCCUCACGGUCUCUACAGCCAGUCCUACGGCCCCGAGCCCGCGCAGGUGCCGCAGGUGCAGCAGCAGCAGCCUGAGCCAGCUUACCAGGGGCGCGGCGGCGGUGGCGGUGGCGCCGGCGCCAGCAGCACGUCCGCGGGCCAGCCGGACAGUUACGUGCCGGCCCCCCCGAGGUCGGCUGAACCCAGCUACCCGCAGGUGAGCUACCCGGUGCCGUGCAUCCUGGGUUACACGCUGGCUGACGACGGCACCUGCAAUGACAUUGACGAAUGCGAGACCAAUUCCCACCACUGUAACCCCACCCAGGUGUGUAUCAACACGGCGGGGGGCUACACCUGCUCCUGCACGGAGGGCUUCUGGCUCAUCGGGGGCCAGUGUCAGGAUAUCGACGAGUGUCGCUAUGGUUACUGCCAGCAGCUGUGCGCCAACGUGCCGGGCUCGUAUUCCUGCUCGUGUAACUCGGGUUUUGUCCUCAACCCGGACAACCGUAGCUGCCAAGACGUGGACGAGUGCGCAGACGAGCCGUGCAGUCACGGCUGCCUCAACAACCACGGCUCCUUCAUGUGCAACUGCGACGAAGGGUUCGAACUGGCGGCUGACGGAACCUCGUGCAACGACGUGGACGAGUGCAGCUUCUCCGAGUUCCUGUGUCAGCACCGAUGCGUGAACACUCCGGGAUCCUUCAACUGCAUCUGCCCGCCCGGCUAUUACGUCUACGAGGACGGCCGCAGCUGCGAAGAUAUCAAUGAAUGUGAGAGUGGUAACAACACCUGUACAACAGAACGAGUCUGUUUCAAUUUCCAGGGAGGCCACACAUGCCUGGCUCCUUUACAGUGUCCGCCUCCUUACGUUGAAGUGGGCGACAAUCAGUGCAUGUGCACCACGGGCCACCCCGCGUGCAGGGACCAGCCCUUCACCAUCCUGUACAGACACAUGGACCUGUCGUCCGGACGCAGCGUGCCCGCAGACAUCUUCCAGAUGCAGGCCACCACGCGCUACCCGGGCGCCUUCUACAUCUUCCAGAUCAAGUCGGGCAAUGAGGGCCAAGAGUUCUACAUGAGGCAAACCAGCAACAUGAGCGCCACGCUGGUGCUGUCGCGGCCCAUCAAGGGUCCCAGAGAGGUGGUCCUGGACCUGGAGAUGGUGACGGUCAACAACGUCAUCAACUUCCGCGGCAGCUCUAUCAUCCGGCUGACCGUCUUCGUGUCGGAGCACCCCUUCUGACGCGCCGUCACGGUCGGGAACGAGCCCGACGGAACGCACCCCGCCCCGCCUUAAUGGACUCUGAGCUCUUAAGGCGGCAAGAUGGAUGCUAUGGCGGGAUGCGGCCGGUGUACAAUUUCUGGCAUCCUCUUCUUAGAAGUACCGCAAAUGUUGUAUUCUCAGCACCUCCGCCGCUGCAUCUUUUCCCCUUCAGAUCAGCUGUGAACAAGACUUUUAUUGUGUAUCAUCAAAUAUGAAUUAUUGAUUACAAUAAACGUCUGUAUGAGCAGGCCACUGAAACCA